AUGACAAAAGAUUCACAAAGACAAUUGGAAGAUGAAGAACGUGUUUAUUUGAGCAAUUUUGGUGUAAAUGUUGUUAAAUUAAGAACUUCUCUUCAUGGUAUUUUAGAAAGUUGUGAAUUAAUGGAAGAAAGCAAGUUAAAUGAAGUUCAAGCUGAAUUUGUUAAAAGCGAAAAAGAUAAUGAUAUUAAAAUAGUGAAUAGGAAUAAUAAAAAGAAAAAAGAACAGAAGGAACGAAUUGAUUUAGUCAAAUUAUUAGAAGUAUCUGAAGCUUGUUUCAUAGGUCAACAGAUGUUUACUGAUAUAUAUAAUAAUAAGAUAGCGAUUCUAUGA